CCCCACUUGAUUAGCUUCGGGGCGGGGGAUCUCCCGUCCAGCGCCGGUGUGAGGGGUAGCUACUAGGACCAGGGUAGCUUUAUCUCACUCGAUUUAGAUCAAGAUAGGAUGAGGGGCAUUUCACCAGUCCAAAUCAGAGCAGUUGAUUGAGCAAAGUGUCGGUAUCAACAGCGACUUGAACCAGGUUAGAAUACCUUACGAUUAGUUUCCUCCGCCUGCCACCAUUUCACUCCGUCAACCAUUCACACAUCUGGAACGAAAGACCAGACGCAUAGCACCAAGAUGGAAGCUUUCAAAGAUCUCAAAUUAUGCAUUUUGGGUUGUGGCAAUCUGGGAAUUCCUAUUCUCAAGUCACUUCUGGAUAGCGCAGAAUCCAAAGACAACGCCCUUCCCAUCACUCAAUUCAUCGCAUGUGUUCGAAGCGAAAAGUCUGAAGAGGCCUUAAAAGCACGCUUCUCCAGCGCAGGAGACCAGCUCAUUGUUUCGAGAGGCGACAACAUUGCGGCCCUACAAAGGUCGGAUGUCGUGAUACUAGGAGUAGAUCCCGCCGAUGUUGAAGAAGUUCUGUCCAAGCCGGGCACGAAAGAAGCUUUGAAAGACAAGCUUUUGAUCAGUGUGGCCGCAGGCUGGACCAGAGGCAAGCUGGAAGCUACGAUCUAUGGGAGUGAGACAACUUCCGAGAACACAGAGGGCCGGGCCUGGGUCAUUAGGACACUCCCCAACAUUGCGGCCAUGGUCUCGCAGUCACUUACUGCAAUCGAGAUCUCCGAGCCAGCAGUCCCGGCCAAGUACAUGGAGCUUACCGAGGCCAUCUUUAACAAGAUUGGCAAGACGGUCAAGAUUGCGCCGAAACUGAUGAACGCCACGACUGCCGUUGGUGGCUCAACUCCGGCAUUCUUCGCGGUUAUCGCAGACGCGCUCAUUGACGCUUCUGUUGCUGUUGGUGUUCCUAGAGAUCUUGCACAGACUAUGAUCUUCCAAUCUAUGCUAGGAAGUGCGACGCUCAUGCAGAACGGUCUGCAACCGGGCAGCCUGAGAGAUCAAGGGACAUCACCGGAGGGAUGCACAAUUGGAGGACUAAUGGUUUUGGAGGAAGGAGCUGUGAGAGGGCAUCUUGGAAAGGCUUUGAGAGAGGCUGUGACAGUUGCUCGUCUCAUGGGCAGCGAUCCUCACCCGAAUGAUACAAGGCAUUGAUUCGGAAAUUGAAUUACAACACAAGUUGUGCAUCUUCAGACAUCACGAUCUGCGACUGAGAAUUGUAUCUGGCACCACAUAAUAAUUCCAAUGCUUUCAAAUCG